AUGGAGAAUUCGCCUAAAUUACAAGAAAACCAAAGCCCAUUUCUAGUUCCAUCCCCGAUCAGUCAUAGUUCGAACAGUUCUAGCAGUGGCACCACCCACAUAAAUGGCCUCCACCACCCAUCUCCUCUGGCUUCACAGCCGUCUCAACCACCCAUAACCAGAUCGGAACUAAACAGCCAGCAUCCGACCACCUUUGUCCAGGCGGACACAUCCUCGUUUAAGCAAGUGGUUCAAAUGCUCACCGGAUCGACCGAGACGGUCCGUCACUCCUCCCGACCUGAGCCGGUGAAGAACCCGAUUCCUCCCAUGAAGACUGGGCUGAAGAGGGAUAAGUCAACCUCUAAACUGUACGAGCGAAGAAACAGUCUCAAGGACUUUAAGAUCAGCCCUCUUGGACCUGGACUGGUCAACACAAGACCUAGAUUCUUCUCUGGGUAUUCGGGUUCGCCCCGAAUGGGAACUGCAGAAGUUAUAUCUCCCAGUAUUCUUGACUUCCCGUCUCUGGUGCUCAGCCCGGUUACACCUCUGAUACCCGACCCUUUCAACCGGUCACCGAACGAUGGAGUGAGCUCGUCAGCAGAAGACAAGGCAAUUAAAGAAAAUGGAUUUUACUUGCACCCAUCGCCGGCGAAUACUCCGAGGGAUUCGGAGCCCCGACUAUUACCAUUAUUUCCGGUCACCUCACCGAAAGUAGCAGGUGCAGCAGAUUCUUGA